AAUGCCUGGACGAUUUCUGAUUUCUGUCCCUCCUUUUCCUGCCCUUUGGCCCCACUGCCUGAUUCGGAUGAUGUGAUAUUCAGAGGGACACCUUAAUCGAAGUCAUCCUUCGGAGAGACACUUCUGGCCAAAGACCGUGUCCACACCAUUCAGGAUGGCCAGUCAGCCGCCGGAAGAUGGGGCAGACUCUCAGGUCUCCGACGAGCUCGAGUGUAAGAUCUGUUACAAUCGGUACAACCUGAAGCAGAGGAAACCCAAAGUGCUGGAGUGUUGUCACAGGGUCUGUGCCAAAUGCCUCUACAAGAUCAUAGACUUCGGGGACUCCCCGCAAGGCGUCAUCGUCUGCCCUUUCUGCAGGUUUGAGACCUGCCUGCCGGAUGAUGAAGUCAGCAGCCUGCCGGAUGACAACAACAUCCUGGUAAACUUGACUUGCGGAGGCAAAGGCAAGAAGUGCCUGCCAGAAAACCCUACUGAGCUGCUGCUGACCCCCAAGAGGCUGGCGUCUCUCGUCAGCCCUUCUCACGCUUCCUCCAACUGCCUGGUCAUAACCAUCAUGGAGGUGCAGAGAGAGAGCUCCCCGUCUCUGAGCUCCACUCCUGUGGUCGAGUUCUACCGGCCUGCAAGUUUCGACUCUGUCACCACCGUGUCCCACAACUGGACCGUGUGGAACUGUACAUCCCUGCUGUUUCAGACAUCCAUCCGGGUGCUGGUUUGGCUGCUGGGUUUGCUCUACUUCAGCUCCUUACCCCUAGGGAUCUACUUACUCGUGUCUAAGAAGGUCACCCUCGGGGUCGUCUUUGUCAGCCUCGUCCCUUCGAGCCUCGUCAUCCUCAUGGUGUAUGGUUUCUGCCAGUGCGUUUGUCACGAGUUUCUAGACUGUGUGGCCCCUUCUUCUUAACCGAUGUGCAAACUAGGAAAUUUGACACCCGUUGCCACCUUUGAAGUUAGGUCACUCAUCAUUUGUUUAUUUUGUAUUUCUCUGCGAGGAGCGUCCGUGACCUUAACGAAGCCGUUGGCCAAAUGUUUGUGGUCUCUUUUUCCGAAAUCUGGACUCCGUCGGUUUUCCUGUAUGCUGGACAUAAACACGUUCAUUUCUACUUAGGGGUUGGCAAAGACACAGAAAUGUAGGAGCUAAGCCUUCCUAGAGCUCUUCCGGGGAGUCUUCCCCCAGAAAUGGCCAAGAUCUCCCCCAGCCCUGCUAGACAGGC